AUGAUGGGCUGGAUCUCGGACGACAAUAUGGACAAUGAGGUUCGAGAGAACUCCUUUAAACAACUCGCCAAGCAAUUCUUCAAGGAAUUGAUUACCCCGAAUUCAUUGGUCGAGUGUGGUAAUAAGACACUUCUAGAGGCUGCACUAGCAUGGGAAGAUGAAGACACGUAUAAGGACUACGUCACCGGUAAAUUUGAUAUCAAAUGGGCAGAUGUGGAUUUCGUUUAUACGGCGAUGAAUAUCAGUGACCACUGGAUGGUCCUUGCAAUGGACAUUUACAGAGGCCACAUAUUCGUGUUCGAUUCACUUUCGUCAUACACACCAAUGACAAAGCUGGUGAAUUGGCUAGAGCUAUUGACGGUCACAGUACUAUCCCUACUUCACUAUUGUGACGUGGAUCGUUCAAAGUCGGAUCUAUACACAGUCCGUUGGAAAAUCUCGCGACCUAUGAACGUCAACAUACAACACGGGUCGCUUGAUUGUGGCAUCUUCGUAAUCAAAUUACUAAAACACCUGGUGACUAGUACUGAUCCGUCCGUAAUCACUCAGGAGAAGAUUAAUGAAUAUAGGAUGUAG